UUGUCAUGUCUUCCUUCAUUGGCAAACUCUCUUCUCUCCCACUCUCCCUUUCCAUCAUUUCUUCUUCAUCUUCCAAAGAAGCCAACUCUAGCUCUCCUAAUUCUGUGAAUUUGAGAGAGGACUGGAGAAAGAGGUCUAGGCCCAUCCCACCCGGAGGCACUUACCCUGCCAAAGACCAUUGCAGUCGAUGCGGGUUGUGUGAUACAUAUUAUAUUGCCCAUGUCAAAGAUGCCUGUGCUUUCCUGGGAGAUGGAAUGUCGAGAAUUGAAAGAUUGGAACCCGUAGUUCAUGGUAGAGGGAGGAAAACAGAUACAUUGGAGGAGACCUACUUUGGUAUACAUGAGGAACUAUUAUAUGCUCGUAAACUUAAGCCUGUGGAAGGAGCUCAAUGGACUGGGAUAGUAACUACUAUAGCUAUGGAAAUGCUAAAAUCAGGCAUGGUUGAAGCUGUGAUUUGUGUUCAGAGUGAUCCUGAAGACAGAUUAUCUCCAAGGCCUGUGUUAGCAAGGACACCUGACGAAGUUUUAGCAGCUAAAGGCGUAAAGCCAACAUUAUCUCCUAACCUAAAUACCCUUGCCCUUGUUGAGGCUGCUGGUGUCAAGCGUCUUCUUUUUUGUGGUGUAGGUUGCCAAGUGCAAGCAUUAAGAUCUGUUGAGCAACACCUGAAUUUGGAGAAGCUCUAUGUUUUAGGCACUAAUUGUGUGGACAAUGGAACUAGGGAAGGACUGGAUAAGUUUCUAAAGGCUGCAAGUGAUACUCCGGAAACAGUUCUUCAUUAUGAGUUUAUGCAAGAUUACAAGGUUCACUUGAAGCACUUGGAUGGUCAUAUUGAAGAGGUUCCUUAUUUCUGUCUACCAGCAAAUGAGCUGGUUGAUGUUAUUGCCCCCUCAUGCUACAGCUGUUUUGACUAUACAAAUGCCUUAGCGGACUUAGUUGUUGGAUACAUGAGUGUGCCCAAAUAUUCUGGAGUCAGCAUGACACAACAUCCUCAGUAUGUUACUGUCAGGAAUGAACGAGGAAGAGAAAUGCUGAGUCUGGUCGAGCAGUAUUUAGAGAUUAAGCCAACAACUAGUGGUGGGGAUCGGCGACCAUUUGUGAUGGAGACUGUUAAGGCUGAUGAUAAUGCCAAGUUAGGGAAAGGUCCUGCUCAGCCAGCCCCAAAAUUUAUCGGAAACUUGAUAGCUUUUGUACUAAACCUGAUUGGUCCAAAAGGUCUUGAAUUUGGACGUUAUUCACUUGAUUAUCACACCAUCCGCAACUAUUUGCACAUAAAUCGUGCUUGGGGAAAAGAAAGAGCUGAUAGGCACAUGCCUGCAUAUGCUAAGAAACUUGUGGAUCUGUACAACCAAAAUGGUCAAAUCGAUGAGAUGCUUUCCAACAAGUGACUAUAGUUGAUUAUCAUACAAGCAUUAGCUCAGUAGUUUUUGCCUCUGUAGAUUAAAAACCAUUACGUGCAACGGCCCUAGAGGGUGCAUAUGUUGAAUACUGCAACCGGUUAAGGUUUCAAGCUUUAUCAAAGGGUGAUAGUUCCCUUAUUUGGAGGUCUGAUA